AUGCCUCCUACCAAUCUCCCACUCCUUCGCUCUCUUCGCCAGACCACCUCUCUCACCAAACGCACACCUCGAUCCCUCCCUUCACUACUACGAUUUCGUCUUCCCAUGACUUCUACCAACAACGCCUACAAAACACAACCCUUCAGCACCACCCCCACACCUCUCGCAGGACCAGGCGACUACGGUUCCGGCGCCGGCGACCCCAAAGGCGAGCGACCGCAGGAACAAGGCCCAAACCCCACAACCGCCACGCACGAACACCCGGGACCUCCCUCCCCCGCCGACAAAUCCUCCACCUCCUCUUCAUCCACACAAUCUGGCGGCGGAGAAGCCCAAUCCGGCGGCUCCACAGGCGCUCCCGGAGACUCAGGAGGCAAAGUAUCCUCUGGCGGUGGGGAGGGUGGCGAAGGAACGAAGAAAAGCGGAGCAAAGCCGAAGAUAUCAGAGCACGAUAUCUCACAGCAGCAGGACCGGGUGGAGAGCGAGGAGGUGAAGAGGCAUAAUGAGGAGAUGGAACAACGACAUGAUAGGGCUACCGAGGGGAGUGGGGAUAAGGAGGAUAAAGUUGAUCAGGGGUUUUGGAAGGGACAAGGUGGAGCUGAUCGGCAGCCAUGA